AUGGAUAGAUUCGAGCACCUUGGUCUUCUUAUUCAAUAUGGUGAUAAAGGCUCUGAAGGAAAUUCUUUGAGUCAGUCUUCUCCAUUUUUUGCAAACUCGGAUCCUGACAUGCCUGCCGUUCCCGUACCCGCUUUUCAAGUUCAUGAUUGGCUUCUGGAGAACAUAGCUUCUGCUUUGGAGUAUAUUGCUGAACGGACAUCUUCCAAAGAAAAUGGCCCAGUUAGCGCCUCUGAUCAGGAUGUUGCUAUGACUGAUGCAUCCACUGUCUCAGUUAAGGUCUCAACAAGUGCUAGGGGUGCAAGUUUCAUUGAAGGGAUUUCUAAAUCAUCAUACGGCCGAGAAUUCAAAUCCCACCACGUAGUUGUUUAGUCUUUCAAUUCUUUUAAUUUGAGCAGAAUUCAAUUGUUUGUGAGGUUGAGUGGAGUCGAAUUUAAACUAUUUUUUUUUUUUUUUUUUUUUUUAUAAUAAAGUCGAGACAAUUCUUCUAACUUUAUUUUUCUCAAUUUUCAUUUAAACCCUAAAUCAGUUCUUUCUUUUUGGUCCCAAAAUUAUUCAUUUUUAACUCAAAUUCAUACUGUUCAAUUUCAAUCUUACCACAUUUUAAUAUUGUAGUUUCUGGGUUGUUUCUCUUUUCCAUCAAAACCCUAUUUUUCAUUUAAAAAUUCAAUCUUUUCAACAUUACCAAUGGGUGGUGAUGAUGAUGCGCCAUUUUUGAAGAACCCCAUAUCAGAAGAAACCCUCAAAUUACUCUUUGAUGUUUCCACUUGGUUUUUUAUCUCUUGCAAAACUUGGAACAAAAGAGGUUUCUGAUGGAAAUAAGGAAAAGUUUUACGAUCGUUUGUGCUAAGUUCCUUUGACAAUAAGAAUUUAUGAAUUUAGGAGAAUUUUCAAAAGUUUAUAAUCCAAUAAUGAAAAGCAAAAUUGAGGUAUAAAUUACUUAGGCUUAUUGUAAAAUAAGGAUAGACAAAGUAUUUUCAUACAAAGAAACAAAAUAUAGAAAAAGAACAAUAUGCUUCUGGUUAGUUUGUAGUUUAUUACCCGAGUUUGAACUUUGAUUGGAACAAUCCUUGGCCAUAUUUUAGUUUUGCCUACCUCUUGGUGAAAAUAUAGAUUUUAGUGCACCCUUUCCCCCGAGAACUACUAUUGGUUAAGUAAAAAAAAAAAGGUCCUAUUUGAAAAUUUACAUUUUGCAAAACACAACGGCAUUAUGUCAUUCUUGUAGUAGACACACCUCAUGGGAUAAUUCUUCUUGUUGCUGCUGCUUCUAUAUUUUGCUAUGCUGUCAUGAAUUAUUAGUUCCCGUGUAAUUUGCUGUGCUGCCAUGUUUCGUGACCUGAGUGUCAUAUUGGUUUCUUAUGUUUUUUAAGUUGUGACACUGACUUCUUCUUCAACUGAAACCAGCUAGUUUUGGCGAGAAUUGGAUAAAGUUGCUUCUUUCAAGAAUUUGCCUUGAAGAGUCUCAAUUGCCUGUAUUGUUUUCUAAGUUACAGUUUAAGGAUAUUCUUGACUGUGAAGAUACCAAGUCUAGAGAUGACCAGUUUUCAUCUGAACAAGUGUUUCUUCUGCAAAUACUAUCGGAAAUUUUGAAUGAGCGAAUCGGAGAUGUUACUAUUUCAAAGGAUGUUGCAUUGUUUGUUUAUGGAAUAUUCAAGAAAUCUAUCGGGGUUCUUGAGCAAGAAGUUAGAGGCAAGUCUGGUCUUCCCAGUGGCAUUACUGCAGUCGAUGUUCUUGGCUACUCUCUUACUAUGUUGAGGGACAUCUGUGCUCAUGACAGUAUCCGAGGUGACGAAGAUGAUGCAAACAAUGUUGUCGAUGUGUUAUUGUCAUAUAGCCUCGUCGAGUUGCUUUUGAUUCUGCUUGGGGACCUUGAACCUCCGGCAAUAAUCAGGAAAGGAAUCAAACAAUCUGAUAAUCAAGACGGUGCUAAUUGUUCCUCGAAACCAUGCCCUUACAAGGGCUUUAGGAGAGACAUAGUUGCACUUGUUGGCAAUUGUGUGUAUAGAAGAAAUCAUGUACAAGAUGAAAUCAGGAGUAGGAAUGGAAUUCUACUGCUAUUGCAGCAGUGUGUUACCGAUGAAGACAAUCCUUACCUGAGAGAAUGGGGCUUAUGGUGUGUUAGGAAUAUAUUGGAGGGCAAUGAGGAAAAUCAAAAGGUAGUUGCUGAGUUGCAGCUGCAGGGAUCUGCUGAUGUGCCUGAAAUUUCUGCACUUGGUCUUCGAGUCGACAUUGAUCCAAAAACUAGGCGUGCAAAGCUUGUAAAUGUCCCAUGAAAUAACUAGGUUGUAUAAGCAUGUUAUUGUUAAGGUUUUUACCUGGUCUUUAUUUACUCGUACAAUGUCUUUAGUCUUUAUUUGGUUGGAUUUCAGUUUAGG